UGAAAUACCCAUGUGGAAAAAUACCAGUGCUGGCAAACAAAACUGCAACUGCACGGGGGAGAAUAGUAGGCGGUGUAAUCUGUCCUCCAGGUGAAUGUCCAUGGCAAGCCCUUAUAAUACAGGAUCGGAAAGAAAAGUGUGGCGGAACCCUGCUUUCCCCGGCAUGGGUGGUCACUGCAGCUCACUGUUUGGAGUAUAUUCAUCCUAAACAGCUCCGGGUGAGACUGGGUGAACACGCAAUCAAUUACGAUGAGAAAACUGAGCAAGAAAGUGGAGUCGCCAGGAUAAUCAUUCAUGAAGGAUACACGAAUGGACAAGUCGACAACGAUAUUGCCCUCCUGAGCCUGGAGACACCUGUGAAUCUCACCGACUACGUGGUGCCGCUAUGUUUGCCCGAAAAACGGUUUGCGGUGUAUGAACUGUCCUCCAUCAAGUUCUCCAUGGUGAGCGGGUGGGGACGCCUGCUAGACGGAGGCGCCACCUCUUCUGUGCUGAUGAGAGUUGAUUUGCCACGUGUCAAGACACAAGAAUGUGAAACGCAGACGGAUUUAAAUAUUACAGAUAAUAUGUUCUGUGCAGGAGACCUGGCCGGCGUUAAAGACUCCUGCAAGGGAGACAGUGGCGGACCUCAUGCUACGAAGUACAAGAACACUUGGUACCUGACCGGGAUUGUCAGCUGGGGAAAGGGCUGUGCUGUUAAAGGCAGCUACGGGGUUUACACAAGGGUAUCCAAAUACAUCGACUGGUUGAAGCAGCACAUGGAUUAA